AUGACAAUUGGUGCAGACUCAGCAUUGCAUAGAAUUAUUGAAGCGACUGAUGCAAUCUCUACUACAGCUCAUUCACAUCAAAGAUGUUUCAUUUUAGAGGUGAUGGGUAGACAUUGUGGUUAUCUAGCACUUGUCGCAUCUAUGGCAUGUGAAGCUGAUUGGGUAUUUAUACCAGAAAUGCCACCAGCUGAUGAUUGGCGCGAAAAAUUAUGUCAUAAACUUCGAAUGAAUCGUGAACAUGGACAACGUGUCAAUAUAAUUAUGGUUGCUGAAGGUGCUAUCGAUAGAGGAUGUAACCCUAUCACUUGUGAAUUGGUGAAAAAUUUAAUAGUAUCAGAACUUCAACUUGAUACACGUAUAACUGUUUUGGGUCAUGUACAACGUGGUGGCUCACCAUCAGCCUUUGAUCGUAUUUUAGGCAGUCGUAUGGGAGCUGAAGCUGUUCUAGCCCUAAUGGAUGCUGAUCGUGAUCCUAAUCUACCAUCAUGUGUUAUUAGUUUAGAUGGUAAUCAAGCAGUUCGUGUGCCACUUGUGAAAUGUGUUGAGAGAACACGUCAAGUUGCUGAAGCAAUGAAAGCUCGUGAUUUUGAUCGUGCUGUUGAAUUACGUGGAGCGAGUUUCAUGAACAAUUUAGCAACCUAUAUAAAACUUUCAAAAAUUGAACAACCACGUCAAAGUGUCAUGUCAUCUGAAAACAACUUGAGAAUCGGUAUCGUGAAUGUCGGUGCUCCAGCUUGCGGUAUUAAUGCAGUAAUAAGAGGAUUUACUCGUCUGGGUAUCACCAAAGGUUAUAAGAUUAUCGGAAUACACGAAGGAUUCUCCGGUCUUGUUAAAGGCGAUGCUAGUGAAAUACAGUGGUCUGAUGUACGUGGAUGGGUGGGAAUAGGUGGUUCCAUAUUAGGAACACGCAGAGACACACCAAAUAGUUUAGGUAUAGAGAAAGUAGCCGCGAGAUUUAAAGAAUUCAAAUUAAGCGGUUUACUUAUUAUUGGUGGCUUUGAAGCAUACGAUUGUUUGAUAGAACUGGUCGAAGGACGUGAAAAAUAUCCUGAAUUAUGUAUACCUAUGGCUAUGGUACCAGCGACAAUUUCUAAUAAUGUUCCUGGUACUGAUUUCUCCUUGGGUUGUGAUACAGCUUUAAAUGAAAUAACCUCUGUUUUAGAUAAAAUUAAACAAAGUGCAUUGGGUACAAAACGUCGUGUAUUUGUUGUUGAAACAAUGGGUGGUUAUUGUGGUUAUUUAGCUACAAUGAGUGCAUUAGCUGGUGGAGCAGAUGCUGCUUAUAUAUUUGAAGAACCAUUUACGAUUGAUGAUUUACGUGAAGAUGUAGUACAUCUACGUGCAAAAAUUGAUGAUAAUGUUAAACGUGGUUUAAUACUACGAGCCGAAUAUGCUAAUAAAUAUUAUACAAGUGAAUUUAUUCAUCAAUUAUAUGCUCAAGAAGGUCAAGGUAUAUUUGAUUGCCGUUGUAAUGUACUGGGUCAUAUGCAGCAAGGUGAUAGACCGAGUCCAUUUGAUAGAAGUUUAGGUACAAAAUUUGCUUCGAAAGCAAUUGACUGGUUAGAUGAACAAAUCAAUGCUAAUAUACGUUCAGAUUCUACAGUCUAUACACCAGGACAUUUAUGCUGUACACUUAUUGGUAUUGUACGUCGUCAGACAACCUAUUCAAACAUUAUGGAAUUGAGAGAACAUACAGAUUUCGUACAUCGUUUACCAAAAGAAGAAUGGUGGAUUAGUUUACGUCCAUUAAUGCGUAUUAUGGCUAAACAUGAUAGUCUUUAUGAAUCAGAAAGUAUUAUGGCUGGAACUGAUAGAAAAUAA